GGGACAGAGAGACAGGUUCCUGCGAUGGUGUGGCUCCAGGCUGACAGCAAUACAAGGAGCUGCUGGGAUGGACAGAGCGCUCCGCGUGCAGGACCCAGAGGGACGACGACAAGGGAGCGAGGAGUGAGGGGGAAACGCUCGGAAUACUGAAAAACGGAACCGACGUCCACCCCCGUCCUUAUUCCUUGAAGGACAACGCAGCCCAAAGUUAGAGGGGUGGGGACGACGGGAGACGCGCACGUGGGCCAGCGGGGAGCCGAGGACAAGGGGAGGAGGAACGGGCCCGGGGACCGAGACGCCGAGACUGGACCCUGGAGGGGCAACGGCCGUCCUCCAUCGCCUCCGUCCGGACCCCUGGACAAGAGAGGGCGGGAGACGGAGAGAGGGCCGAGGAGGAGGGAGGAGGGAGAAGACAGAGAGAGCCUCUAGAGCUGAGGGAAGGGUUCGGGGGUCGCCCCCUCCCUUCUCGACCCCCCGGAGCGCAAGGCUGGCGGGCACGGCGAUGGCGUUCACCUUUGCGGCCUUUUGCUACAUGCUCACGCUGGUGCUGUGCGCGGCGCUCAUCUUCUUUGUCAUCUGGCAGAUCAUUGCGUUCGACGAGCUCUGCACCGACUUCAAGAAUCCCAUAGACCAGAGCAACCCCACCAGAGCGAGGGAACGGAUUCUGAACGUCGAGAGGAUUUGUAACUUGCUCCGGAGGCUGGUGGUGCCGGAGUACUCCAUCCACGGGCUUUUCUGCCUGAUGUUCAUGUGCGCAGGAGAGUGGGUCACCUUGGGCCUCAAUAUCCCCCUCCUCCUCUACCACCUCUGGAGGUAUUUCCAUCGGCCCGCUGACGGCUCCGAGGUCAUGUACGACCCAGUCAGCAUCAUGAAUGCCGACAUCCUCAACUACUGCCAAAAAGAGUCCUGGUGUAAACUGGGCUUCUACCUGCUCUCCUUCUUCUAUUACCUGUACAGUAUGGUGUACGCCUUGGUGAGCUUCUAGUGCGAAACCAGAUGCCAAGAGGAAACCGGGAGACGGAGAAACGGAGGGAAAGGAGGCAAGAGAAGGCAGUUGCUCUCUCUCCUUCCUCUUUCUCAUCCACCCUUCUCACCAUCCCAGACUUUCUUUCGCCCCCCCCAAUACAGCGGACCGUGGGGGGGUGCGGAUGAUGCUGCGGGAAAAGAAACAAAGGAUGGGACACUGCCAAGCAAGGAAACAAGAGGCACAGAGGUGGGGG